GUGGAUUUCUUUCUCCCAAAACGCUUUUUCUUAUGGAAAACAAAUGUCCCUCAUUUUUAAAAUUCCAUGAUCUCUCCCUUCCAAUGACUUAGAAUCCUGGGUGGCAAACACCUGGAUUCAGGGCGACAGAGCCCUUGCAGAAGCCCGGGGCUCCACUCCUAUUCUGUCUGCCCUUCAGGCUCCAGCCCCGCCUUCCGAGGGGCGGAGCCGGCACCCUGCGGCCGGGUCAAAAACUCCGAGCUCGACCCUCGUUUGUUACUGAGACCCGGGACUGUCCACGGGGACCUUGAACGAGAGCGACCCCCGCUUACCCAAGACAGUCUCUGCGAGCAGCCCACCGCCGGCCGAGGCCCCGCGCGCCCCUCGCCAUGGCUGCGCCGUCGCGGCUCCUGAUCCGCGGGGGUCGCGUGGUCAACGAGGACUUCUCGCAGGCGGCCGACGUGCUGGUGGAGGACGGCGUGGUGCGGGCGCUCGGGCGUGACCUGCUGCCACCAGGGGGCGCGCCCGCGGGGCUGCGGGUCCUGGACGCCGCCGGCAAGCUCGUCCUGCCCGGAGGCAUCGACACGCACACGCACAUGCAGUUCCCCUUCAUGGGCACGCAGUCCGUCGACGACUUCCACCAGGGCACCAAGGCGGCGCUGGCAGGGGGUACCACCAUGAUCAUUGAUUUUGCCAUUCCUCUGAAGGGCGGCUCACUCAUCGAGGCCUUUGAGACCUGGAGGGGCUGGGCUGACCCCAAAGUCUGCUGCGACUACAGCCUUCAUGUGGGCGUGACAUGGUGGAGUGACCAGGUUAAAGAAGAAAUGAAAAUUCUUACCCAAGAUAAAGGCGUUAACUCUUUCAAGAUGUUUAUGGCCUAUAAAGAUCUGUACAUGGUGGGGGACAAUGAGCUGUAUGCAGCCUUCUCUCAGUGCAAGGAAAUUGGAGCAAUUGCUCAGGUCCAUGCAGAAAAUGGAGACUUAAUUGCAGAGGGGGCCAAGAAGAUGUUGGCUUUAGGGAUAACCGGCCCCGAGGGCCAGGAGCUGUGCCGCCCGGAAGCCGUGGAGGCCGAGGCCACCCUGCGAGCCAUCACCAUCGCCAGCGCCGUGAACUGCCCGCUCUACAUCGUGCACGUGAUGAGCAAGUCGGCAGCGAAGGUCAUAGCGGACGCCAGGAGAGACGGGAAGGUGGUCUAUGGAGAGCCCAUCGCGGCGAGUCUGGGCACAGAUGGCACUCACUACUGGAAUAAAGAAUGGCACCACGCAGCCCACCAUGUCAUGGGUCCACCCCUGCGACCAGAUCCUUCCACACCCAAUUUCCUCAUGAAUCUGUUGGCUAAUGGUGAUCUCACCACAACGGGGACCGACAACUGCACUUUCAACACCUGCCAGAAAGCUCUAGGGAAGGAUGAUUUUACUAAGAUUCCCAAUGGGGUGAAUGGUGUCGAGGACCGGAUGUCGGUGAUUUGGGAGAAAGGCGUGCAUAGUGGUAAAAUGGAUGAAAACCGUUUUGUGGCAGUUACCAGCACAAAUGCAGCUAAAAUCUUUAAUCUCUAUCCAAGAAAAGGAAGAAUCGCAGUAGGUUCAGAUGCUGACAUUGUGAUUUGGGACCCAAAAGCUACAAGGACUAUUUCUGCAAAAACUCAUCAUCAGGCUGUUAACUUCAACAUCUUUGAGGGCAUGGUUUGCCAUGGGGUGCCCCUUGUGACUAUUUCAAGGGGCAAAGUGGUGUAUGAAGCUGGAGCUUUCAAUGUCAUGGCAGGAGAUGGGAAGUUUAUUCCUCGGAAACCAUUUGCUGAAUAUAUUUACAAACGAAUCAAGCAGCGAGACCAGAUUUGCACACCUACCCCUGUGGAGCGUGCACCCUAUAAGGGAGAAGUUGUCACACUGAAAUCCAGAGGCUCAAAAGAAGAUGCCACAGCUGGGACCAGGAAAUAGCUCCACCCCUGACCUCAGCACUGUCGGGUAAGGGAAGGUAAAAUCAGAGAAAGGAUGCUGCUGUUCCCGUCACAGUUAAACAUCCUCAGCUCAUUGAGAAACAGGUCUGAUUUCAACUCCCCUUGAUCCUUUUGGCAAAAUGAUCACUCUAGUCCCCUUUCACUUUCUUUCAGAAGCGAUCGCUGCCUUUCUGUGAUUUUGUUGCUGUGUAGCAUUGAAGAUAUAAAAGAAUCUUACUGUGAUAGAAAGUCUGCAUGAAAAUUCAUUGAUGAGACUUUUAAAAUAUCUUUGCUUGUAGUAGAUUUCUUACUUUGAAUUUUUCAAAAUCAGUUUCUUGAUUAAAGUUUUAUUAAAAAUGGCUACAUUGAUUUAAAAAUACCAACACUGUGAUUUUACAUUUUAUUGUGGUUAACAAACAUUCAGAUCUUCAUUUUACAUUGUGUUUCCUGAAUUAUGUGUAUCUCCUUCUAACUAGUAGGAUCAGGACUGGGGGGUUGGUUUUGAUUCAGAAGAAUGAUUGCCCGUGUGGCAUCUUCUCCAACAACUCCUGGAAAUGAGAUGCCUCGGCAAACCCAUGUAAUCAAAUUGGAUAGUCAACCUUAGAAGAACUUGGAGGCAAAUUAUCCAAUCACACUGAGAAAUGCAGAAUUUGAGGGAAUUGAUGGAAUCAGCUGCACUGAUGCCUCCCUCUUCUCCCCAGUCGGUGCUGCGAGCCUUUGGUGCGUGUGGGGAAGCUGAGCUCGUAUUUCUUCUCUUAGGUGACUGGGUCAUGAGACUAAAAACAUGGAGCAAAAUCAGGGCAUUUAUACUCUCAUUCCAGGUGCGUCUAAUCUACCCUGAGGUAUUCACUUAGAUGAGGGGUGUAUUUGCACAUUUUAUAAUGGGUCCUAAGAAUCCUGUUUUCCCAUUUUCUUUAUGCACGCAGAAGAAAGGGCAGUGAGCUGCACCUGAAAAAGAACUAGAACUUCUAGUUCAACCUACAGCUCUUUUUUCUCAGUUAAGAGAUACCUUAAAAUACUUUAUUCUUUUUCUCUUCCCCUUUGGUUGUCUAUGGAAACUCCACAGUUGGACUACUGAAUCCUCUGAAAAGAAAUGAAUUGUUUCCUUGUCUAGCUGCUGAUUCCCACACAUCCUUUCAUAUUCAGCUUAAAUAUCACCGCCUCUUGGAGACUUUCCCAGAUGCAGCAUAACAGGAUUAGGUCCCUUUUUUGUGCUCUUCUCUAGCAGGACCCAGCAAAUACCACAUCACACCACUUCAUCCCAUUACAUGAUAAUUACUUAUUUGUCUCUCUCCUACAGGAAAUGGAA